GACACAUGACAUGAAAGAAGUUUAUAGUUACUGAGUGUUACACGUUAGAUAUUCCCAUUGAUUCCCAUUUUAUAAUUUACUAUCAUCAUAUGUUGUGUGUUUCUUCUUUCAAAAGUAUUAUAAUUUUGGGAUACAUUUUAGUUUCGUUAAUAAAGUUCUAGAAAUGGCACAGCAUGCCCACAGGAGGAAACAUUUCUGCCAGGAUCUAAAAAAUAUAUUUAAGGAUGAUUUAGAUGAGGAUGAUAUCAAUUUUGAACAAUCAAAGGCCAGUUACAUACUGAGUUCCAUAAAGACCUUUCUGCAACAAAAUGAGAACUUUUAUGCAUUGGAGCUAAUGGCUAGGAUGGAAGAGAUCCUCAAUGUGCACAUGGACAAUUCAAGGAAGGAUCCAGUUGCUAUAGCAAUCCUUUUUUUACUUACUAACAAGAAAGAGAAAUUCAAGAACACCCAUGAUGAGAAAAUAAAAAUGGUUUUUAACACAUGUCCAUAUGGUACAAUCCAACAAGUUGUUGAUUAUUCUUCUAAAUUAAAAUCGGAAUUUUCUGAUGAAUGCAAAGAUUAUAUAUUCAAAAAUAAGCUUAGCUUAAAAAGACAAAUCUUUAACAAUGUUGACUAUGAACCGCAAAGUUUGUCGCAAAUUCACUUUCAACAACCGAAAGAAUGUUAUUAUUAUCAAAUGCGGGAGAAAGUUGAGAAAAAGAUUGAAACGAACACUUCGUUCAGUAUGUCCUAUACUCCCACAGCAGAUUCUGUAAAGGCAGUUUCUCUGGCAGAUUAUUUUAACAAAUUCAAAAAUAAUUUACCUGGUUUUAUUUUGGAAGAAUUCACUGAUUCUAUAAUGCAGAAACUUAGUUCUGAUAAGAGCAGCAUUGAAUUACAAAACGAGUUAUUCGAAAUGUUAGGUUUUGACGCAUUUGAGUUAAUUUCUGAACUAUUGGAUCAUAGAGAAGCUAUCAUUAAAAGUGCUGAAAUUCCUUCUAGUACUACUGUUAGUAAAAAGAAAGUAACUGAGUAUAAACCUAGGCAAGAAGGACCGGCGAUGAGCAGCCAAAUUGUUGUGCACUCUGAAGUUGAGAAGUCUUUUGCCAAACAGUUAAGAAAAAUUGAAAAGAAGGAGAGAAAGACCGGUUUAGUUAAUGGAUUUGCAAUGGGCGACUAUGAAAAUAAUGAUGAUUACAAUAACGAAGACGAGUUAGCUUUUAUGAGGAGUAUGGCUGCAAUGAAAAAUAAGCAAUAUCCUAAUGUCUACGAUGAGCAGAAAGAAGUACAAGUUAAAGCGAUGGUUUGUGGGCAAUCUAUGAACAUACCUAAGGAUGCGGUCAAGAAAAGUAAUCAAAUGUGCGACGAAAUCACUAUCCAUCCAAAAAAAUCAUCAAACCCAGUACUGAUGGAUGAGAGGAUGAAGGUUGAAGAUAUGGAUAAAAUAGGACAAAUGAUUUUUAAAGAUAUUGAGACUUUCAAUGUGAUACAAACCAAAGUUUAUCCAAUUGCAUAUCACACUAAUGAAAAUAUGUUAAUCAGUGCGCCAACUGGUGCUGGAAAAACGAAUAUAGCAUUACUAACUAUAGUACAACAAAUCAAAAACUUCCUCGUCAACGAUGUUGUGAGAUUGGAAAAGUUCAAAAUUGUGUACAUCUGUCCCAUGAAAGCGUUGGCUGCUGAAAUGGCAAGUAAUUUCAGUAAAAAAUUAAUGCCCCUGGGAGUGACUGUCAAGGAAUGCACUGGUGAUAUGCAAUUGACUCGCAAGGAAAUUAGCGAAACGCAAAUGUUAGUAACGACACCUGAGAAAUGGGAUGUUAUUACUAGAAAAGGAACAACCGAUGCGGAAUUAACGUCUCUCUUAAAACUACUAAUCAUCGAUGAAGUUCAUUUACUCAACAGCGACAGAGGUCCAGUGAUAGAAGCAUUAGUUGCCAGAACAUUGAGGCAGGUUGUGAACUCACAAAAUAUGAUCAGAAUUGUCGGAUUAUCGGCAACAUUACCGAAUUAUGUAGACGUUGCGCAUUUUCUUCGCGUCAAUCUGGAAGUCGGGUUGUUCUAUUUCGAUUCGAGAUUUCGUUCUGUUCCACUUACACAAACUUUUAUUGGUAUCAAGAGCAUUAAACAAAUGCAGCAAAAUUUAGACUUGGAUGAAGUGUGUUUUGACAAAGUGGUAGAAUUUCUGCGCGGAGGUCAUCAAGUCAUGGUGUUCGUACACGCAAGAAAUCAAACGACGAAGACCGCCAACUACUUGAAAGAGACUGCUCAGAAGAAAGGGGUAUUAAAUUUGUUCGAACCGUCUAAAUCCUUUAAAGCAAAGAAAGCCACUUGGGGUGCAAAUAAUAAGUCGCUAGCGAAUUUCUUACCAUUCGGUUUAGGCGUUCAUCAUGCCGGUAUGUUGAGGAAAGAUCGUAACGAGGUUGAGAAAUGCUUUUUGGAUGGUGCAAUAAAGGUACUUUGCUGUACAGCGACAUUGGCGUGGGGUGUUAAUUUGCCUGCGCAUGGUGUCAUCAUCAAAGGAACAAAACUGUAUGAUUCAAAGAAGGGUACAUUCAUAGAUUUAGAUAUCUUAGAUGUUAUGCAGAUCUUUGGCAGAGCCGGAAGACCACAAUUUGACAGCUCCGGUCACGGUAUCAUCAUCACCACACAUGAUAAAUUACACUUUUACCUUUCCUCUCUGACAAACCAAAUUCCUAUAGAAAGUAAAUUAUUGAACGCUCUCACCGAUAAUUUGAACGCUGAGGUUGUAUUGGGAAGCGUUUCGAGUAUUGCCGAAGCAGUGGAAUGGUUAACAUUUACCUAUUUGCACCGAAGAAUGAGGAUGAACCCUCAAGUGUAUGGAUUGCAAUAUAGUGAUCUACAGAACGAUCCAAAUUUACACGAGUCUAUGUUGAAAUAUGUGGAGAAGGCUGCCAUUCUAUUGGAUAAAGCUCGCAUGAUUCGAUACGACCCAAAAACCGGCGAUUUAACUGCUACGAAUUUAGGAAGGACCGCAUCCUAUUAUUACAUUAAUUUCGUUACAGUUGAAGCAUUCAACGAUAUUAUGUCGACGACGAUGUCUGUUUCCGAUAUCAUAAAUAUGAUGUGCUUCGCUUCAGAAUUUCAACAGAUCCAAGUUCGACAAGAAGAAAUGGAAGAUUUGGAUCAACUGGCCGAAUUUUGUGAAUUGACGGUACCAGGCGGCGUUGAGAACGUGCAUGGAAAAGUCAACAUUCUUAUGCAAACAUAUUUGAGUCGUGGCUACUUAAAAACAUUAUCAUUAGCUUCCGAUAUGGAAUAUAUUACUCAGAGUGCGGCUCGUAUUGCUCGUGCAUUGUUCGAUAUAGCAAUUCAUCAGAAUAGUGCACUUUUAGCUGCAAAUUGCCUUUUGUUGGCACAAAUGUUUGAACAACGUCUUUGGGAUAACCAGACGCCGAUGAGGCAAUUCAAGUUCCUGGAAGUCAGUGUUUUAAAUAAUAUAGAAACAGCGAAUUUGAGAGUCGAAGAUCUUAGGGAAAUGGACGAAAGACAGAUUGGACAGGCGAUACGCAACGUACGUUUAGCAUCCAAGGUUCAGUAUUGUGCUUUCGCAUUCCCAACGGUCGAUGUUGAAGCUCGGAUACAGCCAAUCACUAGAGGUGUUAUCAGAAUUAAACUUUUCAUCACCCCAACUUUCAAAUGGUCAACUACCUAUCAUGGAAAAGCAACUGAAAUGUUUUGGGUUUGGAUCGAAGACCCCGACAAUGAUUGUAUUUACCAUACGGAAACAAUAAAUGUCACAAAAAAUCAGUGUGCUAAAAACGAACCGAUUGAAUUAAUUUUCACUGUUCCUUUGGUAGAACCUAUACCAAGUCAAUACUUGGUGAGGAUAAGCAGUGAUCGAUGGAUGAAUGCUGUGAGCACUCAUCCUUUGCCAUUCAACGAUCUUCAAUUGCCGCAAAGUUUCACCCCACAUACAGAUCUCCUGGAGUUGCAACCUUUGGAAAUUUCUGCACUCGGAAACCCACAGUACGAGUCGUUGUACAGCUUCGGCCACUUCAAUCCUGUGCAAACGCAAAUUUUCCAUUGCUUGUAUCAUACCGAUAACAACGUACUUCUGGGUGCUCCGACAGGUUCAGGCAAAACUAUAGCAGCAGAAAUUUGCAUAUUCCGUUUAUUUAAUAUGAAACCGGAAUUGAAAGUGGUUUAUAUAGCGCCAUUGAAAGCUUUGGUACGUGAGAGAGUUGAAGACUGGAAAAAGAAGUUUGGUGGUGAUUUAAGGAAGAAAGUUAUUGAAAUAACAGGCGAUGUAACUCCUAGUGCGGGCACGAUUGCUUCAGCGAAUAUAAUUAUAACUACGCCAGAAAAAUGGGACGGUAUGAGCAGAGGUUGGCAGAACAGGAAUUUCAUUCGUGAUGUCGGUUUGAUGAUCAUCGACGAAAUUCAUUUGCUCGGCGAAGAUCGUGGACCCGUUUUAGAAGUCAUAGUUUCGCGAACAAACUUUAUAUCGGACAGAACAGGCAGGAAAUUAAGAAUUAUUGGAUUAUCUACGGCAAUGGCGAACGCUCGAGAUUUGGCCACGUGGUUGGGUAUUGGUGAAAUGGGUCUGUACAAUUUCCGACCAUCAGUUAGGCCAGUACCUUUAGAGGUCCAUAUUGCUGGAUUCCCGGGUAAACAUUACUGCCCGAGGAUGAUGUCCAUGAACCGACCAGCUUACCAAGCUAUCAGACAACAUGCUCCAGAUUCCCCAUCGCUAGUAUUUUGCUCUUCGAGAAAGCAAACCAGAUUAACGGCUUUUGAUUUGAUCACAUACCUAGUGACUGAUUCAGAUCCUAAGCAAUGGCUCCAUUGUGACGACGAUAACAUGGAAUUGAUAUUAUCCAAUAUAUUGGAUCCAGAUUUAAAGCAAUUCUUGUCAUUUGGUAUUGGUAUUCAUCAUGCUGGUUUGCAAGAACGGGACAGGAAAACUGUCGAGGAGUUAUUUGUGAAUCAAAAGAUUCAAGUUCUCAUUGCAACCGGAACUUUGGCUUGGGGUGUAAACUUCCCGGCACAUUUAGUCGUCAUCAAAGGCACGGAAUAUUUUGAUGGAGCAAUUAAAAGGUAUGUCGAUAUGCCCAUAACCGACGUUCUGCAAAUGAUGGGUAGAGCAGGUCGUCCGCAAUUCGAUACAAGCGGAGUCGCAUGUGUUUUCGUUCAUGACAUCAAGAAAAAUUUUUACAAAAAGUUCCUAUACGAACCAUUCCCGGUCGAAUCUAACUUAAGACCGGUUAUAGCAGAUCACAUAAACGCUGAAAUAGCUGCCGAAACUAUCCCAACUAAAAGAAACCUCAUGGAAUAUCUGACUUGGACGUACUUCUUUAGAAGGUUGUUAGAGAACCCGUCUUUCUACGGUUUAGCAGAUGUGCAUCCAGAAAACAUUAACGAUUUUCUAAGCGAUUUGGUUGAUUGCGUAGUACACGACCUAGCAGACAGUAAUUGUGUUCAAAUCAUAGAAAAUGAAGGUACUAUUCAUUACGAAUCAACAUUCUUUGGACAAGUAUCUUCAUACUAUUAUUUAUCGCAUAAAACUAUGUUGCAUUUCCAAGAAAAUUUGAAAUUCGACUGUAGCAUAAUUGAAUUGUUAUCCGUGAUGUGUCAUGCUACAGAAUAUGCCUUAUUUCCCGUUCGACAUAACGAAGAUAAAAUUAAUAUGGAUUUAGCCAAGAGACUGAAUUUGAAAUUACAUGGGCAGCCAAUAGAUUCUCCUCAUGUAAAAGUCUAUAUCUUAUUGCAUAUGUAUUUAGGAAAUUUAGAAUUGCCGAAUCAAGAAUAUAUUGUAGAUUGCAAGUCCGUGAUGGACCAGGCGUUAAGGAUUCUGCAGGCGAUGGUUGAUGUUACGGCAAAUGCUGGAUGGUUAUCGGUCACGAUUAAAGUGAUUCAUAUAAUGCAGAUGUUAAUUCAAGGAAUGUGGAUAACAGAUCCAGAUAUUUUAACAAUUCCGCACGUUUCCAAAGCGACCGUGACACCUUUGUUAAAGGAAAUUGAUAAUAACCCUGUUCUCAGACAGUGCAAUGCCCAUUCAAUUUCGGGAAUGCUUUACGCAAACAUAAAACAUAAUCACCAUUUGCGAACAGCAAUUGUAAAUAUAUUCGGAAGUAGGACUGAAAGCGAUAUCCUUAAAUAUUUAAAGCAACUUCCUUGGGUGGAGGUUAAAGCAAAGGCUGAUGUCGAAGUUAAGGCUGGAGAGGAAUUUGAUUUAUCUGUUGAGUUUUGGAGAAAUGGCAAUGAUCUUAAUGUGCAGAGCAAGAGCAGAUACGCUAAGAGGAAGGACGAGGGUUGGUUCCUCUGCGUUGGAUACAAGGAUGAAUUGUGCGGUAUUAAGAGAGUCUCAAUACGCAAAAGAAGUAACGCUACUAUUAGUAUCUUAGCUCCAAAUUACCCAGGCAACUUUAUGUAUACAGUUUAUUUGCUUUCUGAUUGCUAUUUGGGGUUGGAUCAGCAGUUCGACAUUCCGGUGCAAGUUAAGAAAUAACAUUGUUAUUGUUUUCUAUUUUACAAUUGUAAUUAAUCGUGUAUACGCUGUGAUUUAUAUUUAAAGAUA